GUGAACCGAAUGCUUUGAACCGUAAAACCGGGAUGUUACCGAAGAGUUUAUGAUGCGUUAAUCCAUUUACUGUUGACGACGAGGUACUGUGUCCAUAUACCAGUAGCUAUCAAGUAUUGGAUGUGCACAGAAUCGUAUUUGUCUGAUCAAACUGUAUUGUUGUAAACUGUAAGGAUAUUCCUGUCACAUGACGAAUGAAUCAAGACACUUGUCUUCAUUUCUUGAAUUAUGAGGAUCACCCGUGGCAACCGUGCAGCCCUACUUAUCUACAGCAUUCUUUUCUUCUGUCUGAUACUCUACAACGAAUUCUUUGAAUAUGCACGGAUGAGGAGAAGUUGGAAGCUUUCUCCUGGGGAACUUGGAAUGACACUGGAACACCCAGACAAUGUGAAGAUUUUAUUUGUCGGCGACCCACAAAUCCAGGGGAUAAUCAAUGAACCGCCCUCCCUCAUCGGGAUGCUGUCUCGAUGGGACUCUGAUACUUAUCUUCGGAGGACGUUUCAACUUGCAAUACAUUUUUUUGAACCUGAUAUUGUUGUGUUCCUUGGUGACUUGGUGGAUGAAGGAAGUAUUGCUACCAAGCAGCAAUAUUCCUCUUACCAGAAGAGAUUCUUUGAUAACAUUUUUGUUAUACCAAAAUAUCUAAACGUUAAGAUGGUACUGUUAGCUGGAGACAAUGAUAUUGGAGGUGAAGGCUCUGACAAGAUGACAUAUGAACUCGCACGAAGAUUUGAAGAAAACUUUGAUUCUUUGUCUGAAGUUGUGCCGUAUAAAAAUGUAGAUGUUCUGAAGUUCAAUCUUGUGCCGUGGAUGAGGCCGACUGAUUUGGUUGAUGAAGAAAUAUUUCGUAAAGAACUAGAUGAGGAUAUAGAGGACCUUAUUUUAAAAAGUGACAACAAAUUUAGGGUGUUGAUUACACAUAAUUCGUUAGGAGGCGUGAAAGAAUCCAGGAGGGCCGAGCUUCUAUACAGAUUAAAACCACAUUUUGUGUUCACUGCACACAGUCAUCGUGUAAGUAUUCAACUAGUCUGA